GCGGGCCCCGCCAUUGGCCGGAGCCCCGGAACGGAGAGCUAGCUGCGCGCCCCCCCGGAAGCGCGCGCGGCGGCGGUGGCGGCCAUGAGCAAGAGGAAUCAGGUGUCCUACGUGCGGCCGGCCGAGCCCGCCUUCCUCAGCCGCUUCAAGCGGCAGGUCGGGUAUCGGGAAGGCCCCACGGUGGACACCAAGAGAGAGCAGCUUCCACUUGCCGAUGAUGACAGUGACAACGGCAGUGACAAGGAAGAUGAGCAGCCUCAAGUGGUGACACUGAAAAAAGGGGACUUGACUGCAGAAGAAGCAAUGAAAAUUAAACAGCAAAUCAAAGAGGCCUUAAAGUCAAAAGAAUCAGAUGAUGAACCAGAACCUGCUGAUGGAAAAAUUAUGUUCAGGAAACCAGCCAAACGUUCAUCAGAGAAGUGUUUAGACUUCAAUGUAAGCUCAAGUAAGAAGAUGAAAGAAGCAAAGAAAACCAAGGGGGAAGCAACUACUUCUCAGAAUACAGCUAAGCAAGUGAAAAACAGCAGUCUUCUGUCAUUUGAUGAUGAGGAAAAUGAUGAUUAGGGUUGUAUUUUUUUAUGCUUAACUUGCCUGUCUAGAGACCUGGAUAAUAUUGAGGGCUUUCAUAGGAAUAGAAAAGCAUGGUGUCUGAGUCUUCUCUUACUUUGCUAUAGUCCAACUAGAGAAGUAAUGUAUAAAAUUAGCAUGAGCUAAGUCUUUGCAGUUAGUUAGAACUGUAUGUCGUGUCUUAAUUUUAAAGGAGAAUUUUACCAUGUACGUAAAAACUAUUUGAGGUCACAAAUGAGUAGCAAAUUAUGCCUGUAUAUAUUUACCUUACAAAUUUUCAGUCAAUUUUAAAAUGCCCUCCAUUGCUAAAAUGUAUUUCAUCUAUAUUGAAUAGCCUUAGUUGACAGUUAUGUUUUCUACCUGUUAUUAUUGACAUUCAAAAGAGAGACACUUCAUUGAUGUUAAACAGAGACUGAAGUUUUCUGUCUCACAGCUUAACAAAAGUUUGCACAACCUUUGCAUUUGUGAUUUGCAAGAUUGCUCUUGCAGAGCCUUGUAGUAAAUGAGGCUGCAUUUGCUAAAUUCGUGUAGUCUUGAUCCUGUCAUUGGUGAAUGCAGUCUAAGAAACAUCAAAUUCAUUUGAAUUGGUUGUAAUAGCAAGGUAUAAAGAUUUUGAUUCUAGUUGAUGUUAUCAACUAAUGCAAAAGAAGCCUGUGCACUUUGGUUUUGACACUGAUGGGCUCAGUGGUUUGAUGGUGUUUUGGGUUUUUUUUUAAAGUAUAUUUGUUCCAGUUAACUACUUAGAUGUUCAUAAUUAUUUGGGAUCUCAGACAGCUUGUUUAAAAACUGUAUUUCAUCUUUAAGCUGUGGAAAAGCAUUAAUUUAGUAUUCUUCAAGUAGGGGGGAAGUUGUAAACAGGGAAUUUAAGCCAAGAAACACUAUAGCUGUGUGUAUCUUGGUUUAAGACAAUUCCUGGGGCAGACACUCCAAAAUGAGUUACUGCCCCUUUUAGCUUUAACUGCUUCCCUUUCACUGGUGAGCAGAGAUGAAAGCAAGUACAUAUAAGUGAAAAAAUAAAAGUUUACUAAAAAGUGAAACAGCAACAGGCAGGAUAACAGUAAUCAUCACUAGAUACAAAGCUGCUGAAUCCCAUGGACUGCUUGGGAACAAAGAAGACAAGAUGGCAGAGAAACCCCUCCCCAAAAAUGUUGGCCUCCAUAGAAGACCACAUGGUGCAGGGGACAAAGACAAUCUUGUGGAGAAGCCCCUUCUCCUAACCAUGUGUUGGAGAGAGAACAAAGGGGAAAAAACCCACAACAGCAUCUGUGAUUAUGGAAGUCCCUCUUCUCCAAACAACAACCAAUGAGGAACAAGGACAAAACCAAAAGAAACCUGGACUCCAAAACCAGUCAAAUGCUGCUGAUCUCUUUGCUCCACAUCACCGGACAAGGUCUCUCUCCUGGCAGCAGAGCAGCUCCAUCAACAGUGGCAGCUGGCACUGGUCAGUGGCUGGAACUCCUGGGGGGACUUGGCCUUCUCCUCAGCAGAAGAUGACAGGCACAGGCCUGGGGCAGCCCGGGCUCCACACCCUGCUGCCCCUGAGCGCUGCCGGAGGGCUGGAGUGACCCUAUGGAACAGGGGCUGUUCUGGUUUUCCUGCUGUGGUGCCAUGGCUGGCCAGCCCAGGUGACAGCAAUGAAAAAGGAAGGAAAAUGGUCACAAGAGAAAGAGAAAGUCCUCCCUGGCCCAGCCACCAAAACAAAGGGGAGCUUCUGCCUUGUGCUGCCUCAGCUUCUCAGUAACUAGGGGGAAUGAAAGAGAGGGCUGUGUGAGUGUUGUCUCAUUUUAAAGGGAUCCUGGCAUCUUCUGCUUCCAUGAACCCGUGGCAAGACCCUCUGGUUCUGCUUCUGACCCCCCGGUCUUAAAGGGAGAGUAAAAAUCUUGGGCAGAGGUGGGUAGGAAGAGUCCAUUUCAGCAUUUUUCUGUAACAGAACAGAAUUGACCCUGAGAGCUGAUGGGAUUUUGGAGAACAAGAUGGUAGGAAUGUCACUUGUGACUUUGAAAUUAUUUGUAUGUAUGGUGUGUUCUGUAACCAUAUGAAGUCAGGUCUGCUGUGUGACAGGACAUUUGAAAUUAUUUGGCCUGUAAAGCUUCAUCGAGGAGCAUAUUUCAAGUUGCUGUGUGAAACAGCUGGUUUUAGUUUCAUCUGGUAGUAAACAAUAAAUUAUGUUUUAAGUGGUCCAAAGAUAUUUUAAUAAAAAUGUCAGGACAUGAAAUGAGAUUUUUUUUGGCCUCUUGAUAUUGGAGCCUCCUGUACCUGCUGCCUGUCUCCCUACACACCAGCUUCCUGCUGCAUAACAUCAGAUGCAAGUCUGCACACUCUUUUGCACUGUUUGUGUGAGUACAUGUUACCCUGAUUUUGAAAAUGAAUAGAUCUGUUGUCCUUUCAGAAAAUCGAAACCAGACCUAUAAAUGGAUAUUAAAGUCUUGUUGCACUGGUUUCAUAUUAGAAUUGUGAGAGGUGCUGUGUACAACCUGAUUAUUCCCAUGAGGACGUGCCACAUUUGUAAAUACAUAAUUUGUCUGUAUUCUCUACGUACAAAAGAAGAAAUUUAAAGUACAGAACCAAAGGUUCCCAGGAAUUGGUAUUUCCAUUUAUUUUGUAUACUUAAAACUUGUUUGAACCAAUUUAAAAUAUAUACCAAUACAUACACACACCCCCAUAAGUAAUCUUGUAGCAUUCCAGUGUACAAAAGGAAUAUUUGGGCAUACAUCAACAAUGGAGUAUAUAUGGAGUAAAUACUCUGACUUGCUGAGACUUAUCUGAAAGAAUGAAUUAACCACUGGCUGCUUACUUAAACUUUUCUGGUUCUGUUUGUCAGUACAGAAAUAUAUUUGCAUACAUUUUUCUUGCACAACCUGGAAGCUCAUAACUUGAGCUGUAAGGCAGUUUAGGAGACAUGGCUAUUCAGAUAAAUGCUUGCCAAGGACCAGAGGGCAUUUGGUUUUACCUUAAAAUUAGAAAAUUCCUCACAAAUAUGCAGUUGAUCUGGCUUGUUCAAAAUAAGAUUGAGAUCUUGUUUGAUUCUGGAUUCUUGUUUAAAUGCAAUUUGUAAUUGCUUUUAAACAAAAGUUCCCAUUUUUAGUGAACGACUCUGGAGACUUGAGUUCAGUAAAGGGAGGGUUACCUUAAAUAUUGAGUGCAGUACUUUUACUUAUUGAGUGUGGUACUUUUGGUUAAUCAUGUUUCUUGCUCUACAACCUCCAUGACAGAUGUCUGGAAUGCAAAUAAAUGGAUUGAGUUUACUUGGAAAUAAUAAAUUAAAAUGUGUUCAGGCAACACAGCAGGGGAAAGAAAGGUGGAUACGGAAACCCAGUUCCUUUCCUUCAUUCCGACUGACUUGAAGUGCUCUGACCAGGAGGAGACCUUUGUAUUCAUGGUAUUUCACUCCCAGUUCACCCAACAAUAACUAAUUGAAUAGAUUUAUUAAGAGGUGUGAGUGAUGCACAAAGACAUUUUAAUCAGGUAGUCAUGUGAAAAUUCAAUGUUUUUACCAUGACACACCAGGAAAAUCACACACACUAUCAACUCCCAUGAAACCUGUGGUUAAAGAGAACAAUUACUUGUUCAUUUAGGAAAGAAAUGUGAAACUCUUAAGCAAUCGCCUGUUCGAAUGGGCCAUGGGAAAAUAAUAAUCACAAGUUUCUUAUAAAGGGGAAGCCAAAGCUAAGUACAUGAAACAUGAGGCUGGGACAGGAAAGGACAAUUUUCCUGGGUUUUCUUUUGCUCUUGCUCUUACUUGCCCACAUUCCCUGUCCUUUUCCCCUCCUGUAGUGGAAAAUGUAUAUCCCUUUAUUUUCUCAUGGAGUUUGCCGAGUUAAAUGUGAGAGCAGUGACGGAGGAGCAAGGUGAGAGCAGCUGAAGAUUCCAAUACAGGAGCCUGUAGCCUGUUACCUCAUAUGUACUGAGGUACUUGUAUGUACUCAUAUGUACUGAGGAAUCUUGUACUGUUUCUAUUAAUAAAAUACUUCAAAUUUCCCAGUUCA